AUGAUGUCUGGUUCUGGAGCGGCCGUAUAUCCUUCCGAAGUCAGCGGGGCAGCCAGUGGACACAGAAAUGGAAGGGGACACGGUAGUCACCCAUAUGGUCCACAACCCUUUCUAGGUGGAAUGGAUCUCUAUGGAGGUGUAUUAUCUCCUGCAACAAGCAGAAUGCUAAUGCAGAGUCCUCUCGGCGGCCUGCCCUUUGGUGGUUUGAGUUUUCAUGGGUUGGGUAACAGUCGGCCUUUUGAUCGCUGUAACGGUGGCAAUUGUGGCCAUUGGGGUGGCUGCCACGGUGGUCACUGUGGAGAAUUUUACGACUUUCGACCUUGCCAGACUCCAGAAUGUUUUUACGGCUCAAUCCAUGGUUUUGACUGUAGCGAUGGAUUUUGUAAGCGUGUUUGCAAUGGUCCUUCGUGUAGAGACUUUGUCAUACAUGCCUGCUCCGGCAAGGGCUCCCCCACAUCUAAUCAUAGUGGUAAUGUUGUUUCGGACAAUAAUGGAGACGAAUAA